AUGAGUUCCUACUUUGUCAAUUCUCUCUUCUCUAAAUACAAAAGUGGGGAUUCUUUGCGUCCCAAUUAUUACGAGUGUGCAGGGUUCGCACAGGACCUGGGAGGUAGACCCACUGUAGUUUAUGGACCAGGUACCGGAGGAACUUUCCAACAUCCAACUCAGAUACAGGAGUUCUACCACCACGGUGCAUCCACGCUCUCCACUUCCCCUUACCAACAAAAUCCUUGCGCCGUAACAUGUCAUGGAGAACCCGGCAACUUCUACGGGUACGAUGCGUUGCAAAGACAGACCCUUUUCGGAACCCAAGACACAGAGUUAGUCCAGUACAGCGACUGCAAGCUGACCGCUAACGGCAUCGGAGAAGAGGCAGAGAGCACGGAGCAGAGUCCUUCUCCAACCCAGCUGUUCCCGUGGAUGAGACCACAAGUAGCUGCCGGACGGAGGCGAGGCCGACAGACUUAUAGCCGCUACCAAACGCUGGAGCUGGAGAAAGAGUUUCUUUUCAACCCCUACCUGACCCGCAAGCGGCGGAUCGAGGUAUCGCACGCGCUGGGACUGACAGAGAGGCAGGUCAAAAUCUGGUUUCAGAACAGGCGAAUGAAAUGGAAAAAGGAGAACAACAAGGACAAAUUUCCCAGCAGCAAAUCGGAGCAGGAAGCGAUAGAGAACCAGAGGAAAGAAGGUGACCAAACCGAGGAGGUACAGACGGCGGGAGAAGACUGUGACAAAGCGAAACAAAUGUAG